GGUCACACUGUUCGGUGUAGCGAUUAAAUACAAAAAAAUUUUCUUUUUUGUUGAAAUUGCACUGCCAAAGAGAGACGAGACAUCAUGACUGAUAAGGGCAAGCUGUCUGUGGCUGUGGUCUGUUCCUCCAACAUGAAUCGCUCCAUGGAGGCGCACAAUUUUCUGGCCAAGAAGGGUUUCAACGUGAAGUCCUACGGCACCGGCGAGCGCGUCAAGCUGCCCGGCAUGGCCUUUGAUAAGCCGAAUGUUUACGAGUUCGGCACCAGCUACGAGGACAUACACCGCGACCUGGAGUCUAAGGACAAGGAGUUUUACACACAAAACGGUCUGCUGCACAUGCUGGACCGCAAUCGCCGACUCAAGAGGGCCCCGGAAAGAUUUCAGGAAACCAAAGAAAAGUUUGAUAUUAUUGUUACGGUGGAGGAGCGUGUCUACGACUUGGUGGUGCUGCACAUGGAAUCCAUGGAUUCAGUCUACAAUCGACCCGUUCACGUGCUGAACGUCGACGUGGUGGACAAUGCCGAGGAUGCAUUGAUGGGGGCAUUUCUGAUAACAGAUAUGAUUAAUUUACUGGCCAAAUCAAACGAUCUCGAUAAUGAUAUUGAUGAAAUGAUACAGGAAUUUGAAGAGCGUCGCAACCGAGUGAUCCUGCACUCGGUUCUCUUUUACUGACGACCGACAUUCAUCAAUGGUACUUGUAUUUUUCCUAUCCAUCACCUGCGCUUUAGCUACAGAUACUACAGUCCUUUCGUGAGAACGGGAAUUAGGAGGGAGCAGCAGCAUACCAACUUUAAUAACGGGAGCCAUAAGAACUGUACAUAGAAUGAGCUUUAGAUUAUUUAAACAACAAUUUGACAGAUACGAUACACACAUACACACUCCACACGCAGAGACACAGACAUACAGCCUCCCCUCCCCCAUGCAUCAUUUGACACCGUUGUUAGUUGUUUUAAGCACUCUCAUCAAGCAUGCGAUUCGCCCCCAUAGAUGCAUCCACAUGUGUGUAUUAAAAGUAACAUCUGGAGGGUUAUCUGCUUGUAUACUUUA